GUUGUAGAGGGCAUAUUCAUAAUCAUAUCCUUCAUAGGUUGUAGAGCUAAUAUAACGACAGAGCUCGUUCUGAAUAUCAUCAUGAAACACACCUCUGCCUAUGAGUAGAGAUCGAUACGUAGGGACAAGCCAGCAUCUUCUCCUGCUUCAUCAUCCUCGACGACAAUCAACGAUGAACCAUCAUCGACAAUAACAAUCAACAUCUUCAAGCAUUAACAUUUUCAGAUGUCAUUCGAACGUCAAUCUCAAACUCAACAAUCUUCAUAAUCAACGUUGACAACACCAUCUUGCUUCGUCUACUCGUCUCCGACAAUCGUCAAGAAUAUGCGUGAUCGACUGGGUGUUGAGCGAGGACAUUGUCCGGGAUGCGUGAGACGAUAUUCCUUUCUCGGAACUCCAGGUAUCCACUGGCGAGAUUUGAGUAAAGCCUGUACAGAGUUUCGUCCAAGAGCAACGUCUGCUGAGGAGGAAGAUGAAGAAAUUCUUGAAAAAGAAGAAGAAAAUGUUGUUGAUAGUAGUUUCGGUCGGGAAGUACAAGUUGUAGAUGUUGUUGGAAGACAUGGUGGUGAACAAGAAGUACAAGUAAAAGGACAUCAAGAAGAGAAGAAAAGGAAUGAACAAGACCAGGAGCAGAGGGUGAAAGAGAAACAACUACAUCCACUACGUCGCGUUGAGGAAAAACAAGAACUAGAAAAAGGAAAGCAUAGUUUUCAACAACCCGAUGAAAAAGAAGAAGAUUCUUCGUCUUGCUCAACUACUGAAGAAAAUACAAGCAGUUGGAGCUCUAGCUAUUCUUCCGCUAGUAGUACUCAAGGUGAAGGGACGCC